AUGUCAUUUGCUUAUAUUAAAGAAAACAAGUUUUAUUCUUUAGGCCAGUUUCUCAAGGAAGUAGGUCUUGAGAAGAGAAAUGUUGGCAAUAUUGUUUGGAACUUCCUCCUAUUAUCUUAUGCUGCAAAUUUCAAAAUUAAAAGCUUACAAGGGGAAUUUGUGAAAAUGGUGGAAGCGGGAUUCACUCCUAAUCUUACUACUUUUAACAUUAGAGCACUUUCUUCUCAAGAAUUUCUUUGUUUUGGGAUAAGCCUCGAACAUAUGAAGCAUGAAGAAGUUGUUCCGGAUCUCGUGACUUAUGGUUGUGUCUUUGAUGCAUACCUCAACAAAAGAUUAGGAAGGAGUUUGGAGUUUUCCUUAAGCAAACUGAACAAACACAAUUCUGUCUCAAUAUUGACAGAUCUACUUGUUUUUGAAGUUAUGGAAAAGGGAGAUUUUCAUAUGUUUUCAUAA